AUGUUGAGCCCGGACUUGGAGCUGGCGGUGGUGGAUCUCUCCACUCACCGCCACGUUGUCUUGGGCAGACACGCCCCUUUUCCAGGCCACUUAUACAACGACUGCUACAUCUUCGAUGAUCUCCCCAGGGCCGAGCUUGAAAGACAGAGAAGGCUGGCCAAGACUAUGGGCUCGCUCUUGGAUGACUCCAAAGCAGUCGACGUGGCCUGGGUUUGCGCGGAUCCCUCAUCCAAGCGAUUUGGACAGCUGCUCCCCCAGGACCUUGUUGAGGAUGUGAUCACCCUGGGGCAGCACGGCCUUGUCCAGUGGGAGGAGGAGAUUGAAUACCUUCGUGAGCUCAGUGCCAGCGAGAGAGUCUUUGAAUGA